CGGCGGUUUCUAAACGACUGUCACGAAAAGUCUCUAAGCACGACCAAACGGCGGCGGUGGCAAGGGCAAAGGUGAAUAGCAUACAUGAUUUGGUUUCUAAAGCUUUGAAAGACAACAAAAUAUCAGAUGAAGAGUUUUCAUUGAUCUUGAAUGAGGUGGAUAAGUUUGAGGCUCUAAAGCUCCAGAUUCGUCAAAAGUCGGGAAGAGAGGACGAAAAAAACGUAAACAUUACCAAGCUGAGGGAAACAGUAAGAGAAGAGAUUUUGAAAGACCUGGCGAAUCGACCCGCUCGGUAAAAUUUCUGUUCGAAAGAACCCCCGUUGGAUGGAUCUACGAAUUGAGAUAUGCAAAGAACUGAUUUAAAAAAAUCUUAUAUGUUAAAUGAAGAACAUAUAAGAUGAAGUUUACAGAAUUUGUGAAAAGGUACCCUUACUAUUCACGCUUUAGGUUCUCCGCCGACGAGCAUGGUGAUGUGCAAUUCGUUUUCAAUGGGGACGAAUACGAUCCAUUCGACAAGAAUGGGAAUCUAGUCAAAACGUUAUAUCACUUCCCUGGUAAUAGCUGGAAACCCGAGAAUAUCCAGGAUUUUCUGGUCACCGAUGACGCACAGGCAUACAAGGAAACGAUUCAGCAACUGUUUGGAUUUCCAAAACAAUAUAGACUAGACGCGCGUGCAGAAUACAGAAUACAGAAUAUCGCCAUGGGACGAAAACCCUACGAAAAAUAACUACGUCUCUUUUGAUGUUUUUAUAACACCAAAGGUGAAGACACACUUUGUUUUUAGGGACAUAUUCACCGACAGCGAGCUAGUAUUCAGAACAGCAAAGGAGGCUAGUAGGUGGCUCGACGCCCCGAACCUCAGUUAUUGGAGUCAAGCCUUAAAUUUUGCUAUGUUUUGCGCUACUGCUGUAUGUGGUGUGACGCGUGACAUGAUUGACGACUCUCAAGUGGGGUCGUUCUACAGAUUUCAUAUCAUUUUCACUAUCAGACGAAUAUUAAAUGAGCUACAAUGUCCUCUUCCUAAAGAUAAGCUCUUUAGUUGGAAUAAAAACUUCUACAGCGAAGCAGCUUACCAAAAACUAAGAACAGAAUUCCGAACUGGCAGCGAUUUCCGGUUCCUUGGACCGAUAAAUCAUGGGUUAGGAAAUGUUUAUAACUACGAUUAUCACGGAUUGUCAUCUUCUAACGACAAGUAUAAACCCUAUGGUACCAUUGACCAAUUACACGACGAAUGGGAUGCUGCUAAAAGCGACGACGAACACAUGAAUCACUUUGAGAUCGAGUACCUGAAAGACCCUAGAACCGAGUUUCAGUACGAGUGGUUCUUUCCAGAAAAAUCAAAGGGACUAACCAAGGCUGGGUUGUCUAGGAUAAAUCAAAGCAUAGAAGCCUUUGUUUAUUGUAUUCUAGGCGCACAAGUUCAAACUCGGUCGUCAAUCGUCGGCGAUAGCGGUUCAGCCCAAGAAACGAAACAAGUCUUUUCGAAACUCUUUGAAAGCGCAGUGAUAGAAAACGAUAUAUCAAAAAGUAUACAAAGGUAUCAGUUUGCUUUACAACAGGCGAGGCAAAAACUAGACUUGGCUUUCGCCCUCGGUUGUUGGUUGAGCCCAUCGUAUCUUGUGAUAAAUAACAACACUUCAAUCGCUGGUUAUAAUAACAAAUUACAAAAAGCCACUACUGAUAUGAAAUUGGGGCUAAAUCCAAUAAAUAACGAGAUAAAAACGAUCCCGAAACAUAAUAUGGGUCAUUCAAAGAUUGUGUUACCUCAUACCGAGUCAGUCACGGCUCACAAACCGAAACCUGAAGCGAAAACAAACCCAAAGCCGGACGUGACUAAACCCUUGAACACGCAGCACGAAAAUAACCUUGUCAUGAUCACAGCCUUCACGGCUGGUUUAGCUUGGUAUCUAUUUCGGUAGCAUGUGAGAUGCACGUGGACGGAUGUGACGUAUCA